AUGAAUUCCCAGAAGAAACAUGGCUUUCUGGAAGAGGAAGGCACAGGGCCUUCCAUGUGCCAGGUUACGGAUGUGAGACUCUUCAUAUUCAGUGUGGAUGCUCUUGCCCAUGUGGUGAGUAAGCAGGAUGGAAAAAACAGUCAACAGGUGUCACGUCUUCAAGAAAAUAGAUUGAAAAUGCUACAGCCAGAGAAAGGAGUAGAAGCCAGUGUUUUAGAUAUAUGCAUUCCUACAGUUGUUGCCAUUGGAGUAGUUUGUGUAAAUGAAGAAAAAUUUAUAAUAGCUUUCUUCAAAAUGAUGCGAAUACCUGGAAAAGUAGAGGACAGUAAUGGGAAACCAUACAAGAGUGACAGUUUUAUCCUGGCAGGUUUGACUGAUGACCUGCAAUUGAAAGUUGUUUUAUUUAUGUUCCUGCUUCUCAUCUACUUGCUAAGCAUCACUGGCAAUCUGAUCAUCACCACACUCACCCUGGUGGAUACUCACCUCAAGACUCCCAAGUAUUUUCUCCUUUGGAAUUUUUCCUUCUUAGAAAUUUCCUACACUACUACAUGCAUUCCUAAGUUUCUGGCUAUUAUGGCAACUGGCAACAAAACCAUUUCCUAUAACAGUUGUGCAGCUCAAGUAUUUUUUGCUUUCCUUCUUGGAGCAUCUGAAUUUUACCUGCUGGCAGCUAUGUCCCAUGGCUGCUAUGUUGCCAUCUGUAAGCCCCUGCAUUACACAACCAUCACGCACAGUAAAAUCUUCAUACAGCUGGUCCUCAGUUGCUGGCUUGCUGUUUUUGUCAUCUUUCCACCACUCCUUUUAGGCCUAUGCCUUGACUUCUGUAUCUCCCAUAUUAUUGAUCAUUUCUACCAUGUCACUACUCCUCUCCUGCAGAUCUCCUGCUCAGACACACAGCUUCUGUAGAUGAUGGGAUUCAUCUCAGCUGCGGUGAGACUCGUGGCCACAUUAGCAAUGGUGACAAUAUCAUAUACCUGUAUUGCCUUGACCAUUCUAAGAAUCCCUUCAACUAGUCAGAGGAAAAAGACCUUUUCCACAUGUUCUUCUCACAUGUUUGUGAUAUUCCUUUCUUAUGGCAGCUGCAUCUUCAUGUAUGUUGAACCAUCAGUCAUACAAAGAAUAUCUUUCUCCAAGGGAAUUGCGGUGCUCAAUACCUCUGUUGCUCCACUUCUGAAUCAUUUCAUCUACACGUUAUGGAACCAACAAGUGAAAAAAGCCUUCAUGAGUAUGAUGCAGAGGAUUGUUGCACCAUGCCGUGCAUUAGAUCACCAGUACUUAUAA